CCCUAUGCUUUUGUGAUUAUCACGCUACUAUAAACCAAAUACAACUACUCUCCAAUUCAUCCCCAACAACUAAUGUCGAUACCAUGUGAUGUCAUAUUAGACGUACUACUUCUCCUGCCCGUCAAGUCAAUUUUGCGCUUCAGGAGUUUAUCCAAAUAUUUUUGCCGUAUGAUCGACUGUCCAACUUUCAUCGACUUCCAUCUCAAUCAUUCUUCGAAAACAGGCAGCAACCGCAGUCUCAUGGUUAAUGAUGUUACGGCAGGUACUGGUUCCAUCUACCAAAUUGAUUUAGACUCUCCCGGAUCACACGCUGUAGAGCUCGCCCUUCCCUUCCAGCGCGUGCCCUUUCCUUUAGUGGACGGUUUCAAGCCUAGAUGCGGCGAAAUAUUUGGAUCUUGUAAUGGUUUGGUUGCUUUACGCGAUGACGAGGGUAUCACAUUGUGGAAUCCAUCGACCGCGAAGCACCGAGCCGUACCAAAGUUCUGGACGGGAUUUGUUUGGUUGGAAGGAUUCGGGUACGAUGCAAUUGCUAAGGACUACAAAGCGAUCAUUAUUAGUAAGGAAGAUAAUGAAAAACAUCUUAGAGUUAUGGUUUACAGCUUGAAAGCCGACUCAUGGCGACGGAUUGAGGAUCUUUACACUCCGACAACAGAGCAUUUCUGGACUUAUUAUCCAAAAUUGUAUUCAGCUUUAGUUGGUUCCUCCCUGCAUUGGGCAGUUGUUCCCCGCAGCGGACAUGAUCUGCUCAAUAAUAUAAUCCUAGCGUUUGAUCUUAGUACUGAAAAGUUCAGGGAGGUGCCGAGUCCUAAAGUAGAAAUUGAAGGAGUAAAAAUCUUGAAAAAGGUUAUGGAGCUUGGAGGGUGUCUCAGCUUGACCUAUGAUUGCCACCACCGUAGUCGUCAGAAUAAUUGGCUUUAUGGCGAUAUCUGGAUUAUGAAAAAAUAUGGAGUGGAGUCGUCUUGGACUAGAUUAUUCACUAUACCUUUCUGUUUCUAUCCCAAGGCAACACCUUUGUGCUUUACGAACAAGGGUGAUAAGGUUUUAUUGUUCUGUGAGGAUGGGAUUCGGAUAUUAUUUUUCUGGUAUGAUCUCAAAAGUUCAGAUACACAGAGAAUUUUCCCCUUCAGAUUGCCGGGGACUGGGAAUACAAAGUACGUCUGUGUGACAAGGGCUUCAAUUAUUUGUACGAGAAGCCUUGUUCCACUUCAUGCACAUGUUUAAUCUAUUUCUAUUUCUGUUUGUGUGAUUUGUUAUUUUAUUUGCUAUGAAUUGAAUUGAUGAUUUUCCUAAAAUUAAAAGCAAUUUCAAAUGAAUACACACUUGCAUCUCAA